AGAUCGCGACGAAGAAGAGUGAAAACCGGAAAUUACUGUUUCUCCCUUUCGACGAAGCUUAAUAAACAAAACGAAGCAAUAUAUAGCGAAUAUAAAGAUCUGUCUUGGGCUUUGGGUCCAUAGCUACGUUACGUAGAGAAUAAACGGUUUGAAUAAAACCCUGAAACUGUAGUAAAGUAAAUACGGACUAGCAUCCUCUGUACCCAAGCCGUUAGCUAGAGAUGUUUAUUUUAGUUCUUUCGGCCAAAUAGCGCGCGACAUGAUGGCAUGAAACCGCGGCGCUGUUACGACAGAAAAACUCAUCUUCUAAAGUCCUCUGAAGGUUGUGAGGAGCAGGUGAGCAGCGGUACUCGGUAAAACCUCCUCAGCGUCACCAUCAUGGCGUGGGCUCUGAAGCUGCCCCUCACGGAUGAGGUGAUCGAGUCCGGGCUGGCCCAAGACUUUGAUGCCAGUCUCUCUGGUAUCGGCCAGGAACUUGGUGCCGGAGCCUACAGUAUGAGCGACGUGCUCGCCCUCCCCAUUUUCAAGCAGGAAGAAUCCAACUUGCCUCCAGAUUCUGAAAACAAGAUCCUCCCUUUUCAGUAUGUUCUGUGUGCACCUACCUCACCUGCUAUUAAGCUACACGAUGAAACCCUCACCUACCUCAACCAAGGGCAGUCCUAUGAAAUAAGAAUGCUUGACAAUCAGAAAAUUGGGGAACUUCCUGAAAUCACUGGUAAAAUGGUCAAGAGUAUUAUCCGCGUGGUGUUUCACGAUCGGCGGCUUCAGUACACGGAGCACCAGCAGCUGGAGGGCUGGCGCUGGAACAGGCCUGGAGACCGGAUCCUUGACCUGGAUAUCCCCAUGUCAGUGGGUAUGAUCGACCCCAGGGCCAACCCCACUCAGCUAAACACUGUGGAGUUCCUCUGGGAUCCCUCAAAGAGAACCUCUGUUUUUAUCCAGGUUCACUGCAUCAGUACAGAGUUCACCAUGCGUAAGCACGGGGGAGAGAAAGGCGUCCCGUUCCGCAUCCAGAUUGACACUUUUAAAGAGAAUGAGAACGGAGAAUACACGGAGCAUCUGCACUCAGCCUCCUGCCAAGUCAAAGUCUUCAAGCCCAAAGGUGCAGACAGGAAACAGAAAACGGACAGAGAGAAGAUGGAGAAGAGAGCCCCGCAGGAAAAGGAAAAGUACCAGUCUUCCUACGAAACUACAAUUCUAACGGAGUGUUCUCCUUGGCCUGAGGUCACUUAUGUCAACAAUUCUCCGUCUCCUGGCUUUAAUAGUUCACAUAACAGCUUUCCAGUUGCCGAAGGGUACGACUGCGCAGAAACUAGAAACGGAUCUCCAAGCCACCAGCCUGAGCCUGUUGUCCAGGUAGCAGAUAAUUUGUUACCCACAGCAACACCACAGGAUGCUCAGCAGUGGCUCCUCCGAAACCGCUUCUCGCCUUUCUGUCGUCUUUUCACAAACUUCUCAGGCUCAGACUUGCUGAAGCUAACCAGGGAGGAUGUUAUUCAGAUCUGUGGGCCAGCAGAUGGUAUAAGACUCUUCAAUGCACUGAAAGGACGCGUGGUUCGUCCCAGGUUGACCAUCUAUGUUUGUCAGGAGUCUCAGCAAGCUCGGGAAGACCACCCCAAACAUGAAAAUGGAGAAGCUGCAGCCAGCACUUUUUUUGUAUAUCACGCCAUCUACCUGGAGGAACUCACAGCUAUUGAGUUUACAGAGAAGCUCGCACAGCUCUUCAAUAUCUCACCCAGACAGAUACACCAGAUCUUUAAACAGGGUCCCACUGGCAUCCACGUACUGGUUAGUGAUGAGAUGAUCCAGAAUUUCCAGGAUGAAGUUUGUUUUGUUUUGGACACAAUGAAAGAUGACACGAGCGAUGGAUACCACAUCAUCUUAAAGUGAACACAUGGCUUUAGACAAGCCAGGCCUUGUUUCCUUGUGUGGACCUUCUGCAGUUUGCCCUUCUAGAGCUUCAUCAUUCUUCCUGCUUUAGGAAAUCCGGAGAUGAACUGAAUUACUCUUUGUGGCAGCUAGAAGGACCCGGGUAAAACACGCCAUGGAUGUCCUCGCUAUACUCCGUUGUCUUACUAUAAGGAAGUGACCCUGUACCCAUAGUGAUGUUCCAGUCUCCUUUUGGCCCUGCCAUCACCUCUCAUGUUUUAGCUUUGUCUUCUGUUGCUUUUGCAUUGAGAAGAGGUUAAUGGUGCUGUUGCCAGCUGAGCAGCUGGUGUGCCAAAGCUUUGAGCUUUUAAACCAGCCGUGUUUUGUUAAGAAAAACGCGAGAUGGCUACAUUCACAGCUCUAUUAGGGUUAGGGUGGACCAGACCUAACCCUAACCCGAACCCUUGCUAUUUUCAGUUGGCAAUUCAGCGUAACCAUCAUGGAGAUAGAUUUAUACGAGAAAAGCCUAACAUCGGGGAAGCUGCUGGAAUCAAGCUGUCCUUCCACACACUAGCGAUUCAUGUAAAGCUGACUCUUGUGACCCCACAGCUUGUGUAGACCACAUUGUGGCACAUGGGAUUGAAACAUGACAGAAACUGUUUGAAUUAAUAGUGACUUGUCUGAUAUCAUCAGCAUACUGUCUUCAUGUGUCCCAAACCCGUCGCUUUAUUUAGCACAUCAGCAUUUCAUUGUAAGUUUCUGUUUAAAAGGGCUUUUAUGACGUAUUUUCUUUGCCAGCAUUUUUCAAUGUUCUUUUUAUUAUACUUGCAUCUCUUCAUUGAUGUUUUGGAUGUUAUUACGUCCUCAUACUAAUAAGUGUUUUGGGCAUGUUGGAGGUUCAUGUCAAAAGGUAUGAGUGGGUAAAAUUCUGUUCUUUCUACAUGAAAAUGAUAGUUUGGUAUUUUAGACGUCUGUUUUUGCUUCGUCUCAUCACCGUCAUUAAAAUACUUACCAAUGUA